AUGCCUACAACUAGCUCGGAUUUUCCUCCAAAAUCCCUCCAAACCAAGCAGAAAGAUUGUAGGUUCUUCUCCAAGAACCAUUCCAGGGAGUUCUCCAGACAAAAAUCUUUCGAAGAUUAUCAAGGAGGGGCAUCUGCUUCUGUUCCCUUCACAUGGGAAUCUCAACCAGGAACUCCAAAGAUCCAGUUCCGCCAAGCUAGUACUACUACUGAUCUCCCUCCUGAUCUUACACCUCCUCCUUCCUACUAUUCCAGUACUGCCACGAAAAGACCCAUUAAAAAGAACUCGAGGCCUAGUAAUCUUUUGCGUAGCAUCUUCCCUUCAAGGAAAUCACGAGAUCUUCCAUUGUCGCCGGCUUCUUCAUCAUGGAUCAGUGAAUGA